ACAACAACAAACAUACGACGAAUAGUAAUAGUAGCAAUAGCAAUAGAAAUAGUAAUAAUAGUAAUACGAAAACGAAAUCCAAUAAAAGACAACAGAAACAAAAGCAACAACUGCCACUGCCACUGCAGCAGCAGCAGCAGCAGCAACAACCACAACAACAACGUCCUCCACUUUUAAGACUGAUGAAACAAAUUCGCUGUAAUUCCUACUACAAUAAUGAUAAUAUUACAAUUAAUAAUAGUAACAAUAAUGCCACAAAUAUAUUUAAUGCAUCACACAAACAAAAACAACAACAACAACAACAAUACAUCAACGCCAACAACCAUAGCUCUAGCAAUAGUAAGUUUAGUAAGAAUGAAUGCUCGCAAUUGCAACAUCACAUGCACCACCGCAUAGUACAACAACAACAAAAACAACAACAACAACAACAACAGCCACAACAGAUAUUACAACAAGCACAUCACUACAAUUUAAUGCCAUUAACGUCAAUGUCAGCAUCACAUCAGCACAACAGUUUGCUUGCGCAGCAGCAACAACGAACCCAACAACAACAACAACAACAAAAGGAUAUACUAGUGCAACAUCACCUCAAAGCAAGCAAUUGCGCAUCACUUCGAUUGCAAUUGCAACAUUUGCGCUACUUCAAAAUGCCAAAUCUAUCAUUCUUGUAUAUGCUACUGAUUGUCCUAUCGUUCCUAUCGCUCUUUCUGCCAUCGAUAAAUGCACAAACAUCAAAUGCAAUUGCACACACAGCUGCUGCCUCAGCAUCGGCCAGAAAUGGCAUCCGCACGUCGCCGGUGGCCCUGGGCCGCAACGAGACUGUGUGUCGCUCCUUGGAUAUACGCAACUCUCCGAGCGAAUUAAGUCAACUACGCAAUUGCACGGUCAUAGAGGGUUUCCUACUCAUCACACUCAUGAAUCAACACAAUACGCAGGAAUUCACACAAACCUUUCCGCUGCUUACCGAAGUCACGGAAUUCAUCAUCAUCUAUCGGGUGCACAAUUUACGUUCGCUGUCGCAAAUCUUCCCCAACUUGAGUAUUAUACGCGGCACGACACUGUUCGAAGGCUAUGCGCUCAUCGUCUAUUAUAAUCCGCAUCUAGAAGAUUUGGGCCUAUCCAAGCUGACAACGAUAUCGCGUGGUGGUGUGCGCCUCGAGAACAAUAUUGUGCUCUGCUAUGUAGAGACAAUUGCGUGGAAGCGAAUUGUUAACAGCGACGCGGAAAUAACCAUUGAGAAUAACAGCAAAUUGAUCGAGUGCCCCAAGUGUCCGGGCGAUACAAAGACUGGCAGAGAAGAUGGUGGUGACAGCGAGUUGGCUUGCAAGGAAUUCGACGGACAAAGACGGUGUUGGAGCAGUAAAAAGUGUCAGAAGAUUUGCCCUGAUCACUGCAAAAACAACUGUGUGAAUGAGCACACCUGCUGCAAUGAGAACUGUCUGGGCGGCUGCUCUCCCACCAACUUGAAUGAGUGCAUCAGCUGUCGUGACUUCUCCAUCUACAACAACACCUGCAUCAGUCAGUGUCCCAAAAAUUACUUCAGCUACUUGGAUCGUCGUUGCCUCACCGCUGACGAAUGUAUUGCCAUUGGCACCAAAUUCGAGAACAAUAAGCCGCAGAUCAUUGUGCCUUAUGAUGGUAAAUGCUCCACUCGUUGCCCGAACGGCUACAACAAAAUCGGCUCGACGUGCAUGGCAUGCGGCGACAACUGUGUGAACAAGUGCGAUGGUGCGCUGAUCGACAGUGUGGAGCGUGCUAAGGAUUUCACCGGCUGCACGCACAUUGUCAAGAAUGGACUGACUAUUAGCAUAAAGCGUGGCGGAAAACAUUUGAUGGAGGAACUGGAAUCCGGAUUGUCGUCUAUACAAGAGAUCAGCACAUUUCUGAAAAUACAAGGCACUUAUGGUUUGACUUCGUUGUCAUUUUUGAGGCAUUUGAAGCGCAUUAAGGGCACUGAGCUCGAUGAGAAUAAAUUUGCCAUCUAUGCACUUGAGAAUAAUGACCUCGAAUCACUUUGGGGCCCCAAUCAGACGGUGACCAUUGAAAAGGGGCGUGUAUUCUUUCACUUUAAUCCAAAACUGUGUUACGAUGAGAUUGAAAAACUAUUACCGAUGAUGAAAGAAAAUGCGACGUUCGAUAAAAAUGAGGUGGCCAGGGAUUCCAAUGGACAUAAGGGGUCAUGUAACACAGAACAACUGAACGUUACCAUCGCGAAAGUGUCGAGUCGAGUUGCGGUUGUGAGAAUCGAAAAUCCAUUGGUAUUUGAUGACAAUCGAACUUUUAUUGGUUAUCAAUACUUUUACAUGGAGGAUAAGUACAAAAAUGCCACCAAGUAUUCACAGCGCAUCUGUGAUGAUGGGUGGAUUGUGAGUGACCCCACCAAGGAGACCCAAUACAUUUUCAUAAAUCUGCAACCAUUCACACAGUAUGCGUACUACGUGAAAACCUGGACCAUAUCCUCGGAGAAGCGUAACGCACAAAGUAAUAUACAGCAUUUCAAGACGAAAUCUGCGCAACCGAAAUUCGUGCAGAGCCUAAAUGCCUACUCAAUAUCAAGCUCAGAAAUCGCAAUUACAUGGACACCACCUGCCAAUCCUCAAGGCAAUCUGAUAGUAUAUCGCGUACAUGCAUCGCUCGACAAACGCAGUCAAGUAUUGGACUCACGCAACUACUGCAAAGAUCCUGCACAAAUCGACAAAGACGAUGAUGCCAAGGACCCCACGCGCGAAAGUCCAGGUGGUGUCACGGAACCACCAAACGCCGCCAACUGCAAAUGUGAUGCCGAAAAAUCGCCAAAUCACAGCGACAUCGAUACCAGCGAGGCGACUAUUGUUGCUGGCAUUGAUUUCGAGAAUACUCUGCAAAAUUUUAUUUACGUGAAGCAUACAAACGAGUCAAAGAAAUCAAGGAGCAGCAGCGACGACGACAGCAAAGCCUCACUCACCGAUAUGGAUGCUAAACGACGGCGGCGACGUCACAGUGAAGGUGCACCCGAGGAUAGUUUUCUUGUACGCCAUAUGCGCGCCGUGCCCGAUCAUCUGGAAAACGUCAUACUGAAGAUUACCGCCGAGAAUGGAAACACAGGCGAUGCCAAUAUUAUAACCACAGUUGCGCCGAUUGAGACUACCACACACGUCGGCAGUGCCAACAAAACGUCGCCCAAUAACGAGGCACGCAUGGAUGCCACCGGGCAAUACUAUGAGAAUAUCGUGCGAAAUAUUUCGGUUGCCACUACUAAAUAUGUGUUCGAAAACCUCAAGCAUUUCUCCGUCUACAUGAUCGGCGUCGAAGCAUGCCGUGAGCCCGAGUUGGGCGCCACCGAGAAAGAGUGCAGUGAUGUGCGCACGAGUUUUGUGCGUACGAAAAAAAUGGAGGGCGUGGAUAAGGUACAAAACCUGCGUGUUGACUUAGUGCCCACGAAUUCGACGCGAAGUGAUGUGCGCGUGCGUUGGGAUCCUCCCGAAAAUCCCAAUGGUGAUGUGGUUUCCUACACGAUUUCCUAUAAGAAAUCCGAGCAAGAUGCAGUCGAAGAGAAGCGUUGCAUCACAGAAGUGUUCUAUCGCAACUUGACUAACGGUUACAUAAUGCCAUUGCCGACCGGCAAUUACAGUAUUAGGGUGCGCGCAAACUCACUGGCCGGCGAUGGUGUUUACUCGGAAGUUGUUUACAUUGACAUUCCGCCCGAAAAAUGGUCUGGCGCUUUGAUUGCCGGCAUUUGCUUUGGAGUCAUUGGUGUGCUCUUGUUGAUGGGUGGCGUUUACUGGUAUGUCCGACGAAAGUACGCACCGCCAAACGACAUCAAAAUCAUCCCCACCGUCAAUCCGUACUACAUUAGUCUGCAAUACGUACAAGACAGUUGGGAGGUGGAACGAGAUCGAGUCAUACAAUUAAGUCCACUCGGUCAAGGCUCUUUCGGCAUGGUCUACGAAGGUAUACUCAAGGGUGCAGACAAUAGUCAGGCAGACAUGCCGUGUGCCAUUAAGACUGUCAACGAAAAUGCUACCGAUCGCGAGCGUAUUAAUUUCUUGAGCGAGGCCAGUGUCAUGAAGCAGUUCGAUACGUAUCACGUAGUGCGGCUACUCGGCGUCUGUUCGGUUGGACAGCCAGCGCUUGUGGUAAUGGAGCUGAUGAAGUUCGGUGAUUUAAAGUCAUAUUUACGUGCACACCGCCCCGAUAGCGUGCAGGGUGAUGAAAUGCCGUUUAGGUACCGCGAAACUGGCGUACAACCGCCACCAUUAAGUCGUGUCUUCCAGAUGGCCAUUGAAAUUGCCGACGGUAUGGCUUACUUGUCAGCCAAGAAGUUUGUACAUCGUGAUUUAGCGGCACGCAACUGCAUGGUUGGCUUUGAUUUGACGGUGAAAAUUGGCGAUUUCGGCAUGACUCGCGACGUCUAUGAGACUGAUUACUAUCGUAAAGGAGACAAAGGUCUGUUACCAGUUCGCUGGAUGCCACCGGAAAGUUUACGCGAUGGCAUCUAUUCCACUGCCAGUGAUGUGUUCAGUUAUGGUGUGGUGCUUUGGGAGAUUGUUACACUUGCAUCACAACCAUAUCCCGGCUACUCGAAUGAUCAAGUGCUGCGUUUUGUCAUCGAGGGGGGCGUUAUGGAACGCCCCGACAACUGUCCAGACAAAAUCUAUGAAAUUAUGCAACAAUGUUGGGAGCAUCGUCCCUCGAAGAGACCGUCCUUCUUCAAGAUUAUACGCAUGCUAAUGGACCAUGUGCACACGGACUCCGAAGGAUAUCUUUCUCACUUCCGUGAAGUGGCCUACUACUUCUCCGAUCAUGGUAUACAGGAACGUGAAAAAGAGCGAGCUGAGAGCAUGCACACAUCUGGUGAUAUUUUCAGUGAAGAGAACGAAAUCGACGAUGCUACCACUCCGUUGCGAACAGAUGAAUUCAAUGAAUAUAAACUCAAUUUGGCCAAUACUUCUUCGGUAGAACAUGGUGGCGAAAGCCCCAUGGCGAUUGACGAUGAUCAUCCCCACUCUCCAUAUAGCCAUAGCCUUGGCUCGGCCAACAUUGUCAGCAGCACCCCAGACGGCCAAUCGAAGAACAGCUACAACUUCUCGCAAAUGUCACACAAUAACCAAACACUUCUUAGUUCGGUGCCUUCAACAUCAGCGGGCAUUGUCAGCGGUGGCUCUCAUUCGCAUUCACGUUCACAUCCGCUACAACAACCGGCUUCUCUUCGUCAGCCACGCUAUAGCCAGUUUCCCACUGAAGAGGCUGCUGCCAAUUAUGUCCUUCCCGACUAUGAUCCGCGCACUGCGUUCGAUGGGAAGAAUGCACGUCAGGGUCCAAUGGCCAGCGGUAGCGUUGAAACCGACGAGCGCGGCUAUGAGAUGUACGAUCCCAGUCCAAACUACCGCGAACACGUGCCAUACGAUCCGACUUUAGAUGAAGAAGAUUUUGAUGGUUUGCCAAUGGGCGGGCACAAUACCCGCAUCGGCAGCGGUGGCCAGCAGUUACUGCCUCGCAGUAAACCUCGACAUCGCAUGCCCACCAUAAUGCCAAUGUCCAGCUCAAUGCCCGAUGAAAUGAUUGGUACACCGAUUUCCUCCUCAUUGCAUCCGUCCACAGCUUCGGCGGCUUCGUCAAAUGCUUCCUCAACAAACGCGACAGCGGGCCGUUAUUCGAGCCUGAAAGCCGUGGCCGAUAAGGUGCAGUCCAUGCCGUUGCGCUUCAAAAACAUCAACCGACGCAUCUUCAAUCACAAACGCACAGGUAGUAACGCGAGUCACAAGAGCACCAGUUCCAAUCCAAAUACCGCCACCUCGUCGAGUAGCAAUUCCAACUUGACAGCGGCUACCGUUGGACGCGGCAAAAGUAUGAGCGGUCAGAAUUUGGGCACAAUUGAGAGCGGUGGCAGUGGCAGCGCCAGUAGCUAUGUGACGCCACGCUUCUUCACUCCCGCCUCCGAUGCAAACACAACGCUCACCAGCGAUAAUCCAAACUACCGUCUGUUAGAUGAGACUGCGAAUACAUCGUGCCUUUCUGGUGCGGGCGACGCGGCACCACGCGCGCACGGCGCCUUCUCGUCAAGUGGUAAUACAAAUUACAAGCGCUUAGACGAAUCGCUAAAUGCAACGUUAACGCCAGGUAAAACUACAAGUGGGACCACCACGACCGGCAGUAGCGCAGCACCACCGCGGCAGCAAAUGCCUUCUCGCCAAAAUUCCGAUUACACUUUGAUGGGGGCGGCAGCAACCGAUUCCACAUUACAUACUACUGACAAUCCAAAUUACGUGGUCAUGAAUCAGCCAUCGGGCCCAACAAUGCCACCCACUCAUCUGCCGCACACAAUCUCCGCCAGUCCGAUUGCAACCGCAUCCGCACAAACAAGUGAAAAUCCCGCCUACACAAUGAUGGGGCCUGUGCCAUUAGGCCCAAGCAAAAAUGGAUCAUCGACAUCAACCAUCGGAGAUGAUCCCAAAGAUGAUGACGACGACGACGACGAUGACGACAAUGGCGACGAAGAUGAUGAGCCAACAGUGCAUAUCAAAAUGGAACUGCUCGGUGGCCGACGCCGUGGCGGUGAGCGCACUCAACAAUCUCGCAAGGCACGCGGUCAUCGAAGUCGCAGCCAAAGUCAGAAUAAAUUGGAUGAGAAGGCAACAUCAAAGACCGGCAAUUCACCGGCUACCACAUCAGCCAGCACCAGUCUAGCAACUGCGGAUGAGGGUUGCAGUAGCUAUGUGAGUUUAGCGCCAGUGGCAACAACAGCCACUACGAUCCCAACCACAGAGUCCCGCCCAUCUACGACGUAUUCGCUCAAGGAGAAGUGGUUACGACAGCAAUCACAGCAGCCACCACAACCACCACCGAAUGGUUUCAUAGGGCGAGAAGCGUAGUAUCGGGCGGUGGCGGCGAAAUCCGAGCGCAGAAAGCGGAAGACAAGAAAGCGUACGCUGCCAUUAUAAAGUGAAUGAGGUGUAGCGCAGAUUGUGGUGUUCGAAGCAAUUGCGAAUCAACUGUAAAUUCUCGCCGCAACGAAACACACCUACUCGAGAGGGUUAUCACGUGCACACCAUAAGCCAUUUCUAUUGUAUUUAUGUACAUAUGUAGGUGUAUUUGUGCUAAUGAUAUAUUUUUUUUAGAGAAAUUCAAGAAAGGAAAUAAGAUUAAGUAAUUCAAAUACUAAACUGUACAACUCCAUUUUGUAUGUAAUUGCUAAAAGUUUAAGCAUCAUUUCGCCUAUUUUAGGUAAAAAGAGCUAAGAUCAUUUCAGACGUUCAUGAAAUUGUAUUGCAUUGUACUACGAGAAAAAGAAAAAACACAAAAAAAAUCUACACAUUAAUUAACAAUUUAAUACUUGUAAUACUUCAUAUAAAACAUAGUUAUAACAUAAAAUUAUAAUAUGUAUAAUAUGUGCACACUAGUAAAAAACAAAGCAUAACUCUGUAAGCAAUUUGUUUAAAAAAAAAAAGCAUGCAACUUAUUUGACAAAGCAGACACUCAAAAGCGGGAAAGCGUAAAGCCUUCGCUUCAGGUGUGUGUUGUUGAAAUGAGGUAGGCAUGCUGAGAAGACAUGUUAGAAAAUAAAGACUGCGGAAUGCUUGUAGAUGCCAAUUUAUAACUUAUUUAGAAAGCACAUUCGAUGUUCGGGUCUCUUAACAUAAAGCUAGAGGAGGCAUGAAAUGCAGGAAGCGAGAUUAGCUAAAUACAUACAUACAUACUCUGGUAUAUGCGAAUAAUUGUAACAAAAUCAAGAAAGGUGCAGGGAACUUUUUAUUCAUGCACGAGCUAUUUGUUGUUGUAGUCCUGUUCGAGUAAUUUACAUAACUGUGUAAGAAAUGUUUUCUGUCACGAAGAGAUUCUCAAAUUAUUCAUAAAAACAAACUUUUGAUAUACCUAGAAAACAGCGGCACCUAUUAGAGAAAGCCAUUUUGUAACCGGCUCUAACACAAAAAACAACAUUUUUGUAGUUGUUGUAUUAAGAGCAUACAAAUUCCCCAGAGUUGUUGGGUUACGUGGAGCUGACUGUCGUGGGAACACAAAAACAAUCAUUUAAUUCGAUUAUCAAGUAUUCGAUAAAUUGAUUUGCAACCGACUGUAAUUUCGGACAAAUAGUAACAUCAACUUGCUUCAGGUAUAUUCCCGUUGGCGUUGUCGUUUCAAAACGAAAUAAAAAAACGUUCUUCUUUCUGAAUCCUUAUUAAAUCCAAAAAUUGCAAAAAAAAAAAAUAUUUGAGUUAAAAGCUUUUUACAAAGUCAUUUGAAAAUGAUUUUUUAUGAAUAAGUUGCGAAGUUUCGAUUGUAUGAAAAAUUAUGAACACAGUUUCAGGAAUUAUUUGACGAGAGCUACGGCCUGCACUAAGUGACUCGGAAAAGUUAAUUUUCACUACUAUAUAGUAAAAUCGCUAAAUCGGUUUUUUUGCUCUAACUUCUUUAUUUGAUGUCCAAUUUCUAUAAAUAACACCUCGUUAUAAAGGUACCAAGAAAGCCUACAGUUGUAUAUGCUGAGCUACUAUCAUGUCUCAUAAACUUUGAAUGUUAUACGCAAUACUAUAUGUCAAAUUAUAAUCCGUCGGCGAGAAAAAUAUUAACCCAAUUUCAUUAAACAACAGCUAAGUAACGGCAAUUGUGUAGGAGUUCAAUUGUAUGAUAACAAUAACAAGUAAAUAUUUGUUAUUAAAUAUUUAUUUAAUAAUUAAAUUUUUUUCGGAACUCUAGUUGGUUGUGCCGUGUUCGACUAUUAAGCUAGAGUGUAUUUUUGAGCUUCUUACUACGGAUAACAGGGUUUAGUUAAAAAA